AUGGCGUCUACCGUACGAUUGCCCGCGGGCACAUCCGCUCGAAUUGUACCAUCUGGUUCAUUUGUUCAAUGUCGCGCCUUCUCCGAGACCUCCCAACAAUGGCGUGGGAGACCAAUGAAUUUCCGCUCUCCAAGCCAAGCGCAGCCAUCCUUCAACACCAGAACACAGGGCAUGAAGUUAAGCGAUCUGCCAAAUGACAUUGGCAUAUUACCUGGUACCUUUGUCCGACCUUUAUGGAGGGAUAUGCCUUCAAUUUUCAAGGCACCGCGCGAUAGGUGGCACAUGGAAUGGACUUGGCUCAAGUCUUUGGCAACCAACUAUGGCAGUCUGCUCCAAUAUUGCAAGCGUGAGAACAACCUUCCUCUUCUCCUAAGCAAGCGGCGCCACUUUGGCGCAAAACUCCAAAAGGAGAUGUAUACAGCAUUUGCCAAAGGCGACAUUCCUAAAAUCCGCCAGAUCUGCUGCGAUGGUCUCGCCAAGCAACUCACCACUGGUAUUGAACGCCGCCCGAAGAAUGAGCUAGUGACCUGGGAACUGGUGAAAUAUCUGCGUCAGCCAAGCACAAACUUCAUCGGCCUCCGCGUGAUAUCAGAUCGCGCGACAGGCAUCCCCGAAGUCCCGAAAUCCGGUAUCCGUCAAAUAGUCGUGCGCAUCACGAGCCGACAGUCCACAACGACUCAGAUCCAAGAUCCCAGUGGAAAGGAGUCUGCAGAAGUUACCAACGUUUCCUCCAAAGAGCAGGACUGCGUUGAGCACUUUGUCAUUCAGAAUAUGCGCUGGAACAACCAGGAUAAGGGCUGGAGGGUGUGGGGCCACAUCAAUCCCACCACAUUGGAUGAGGUUAUGACUAACCCCAGCUUCAUGCCUGGCUUGUCGGCCUCCGAGCGUCUGGAAAUGAUUAAGGACUCGAUGGGCAAGAAAUAA